AUGGCGACCAACGGCACCAGCGGCAAGCCACGCAUCCUCGUUCUGGCUGGCGACCAUGUUGGGCCGGAGGUCAUGAAAGAGGCUCUCCGAGUCCUCGAGGUGGUGACUAAAGCCAAAAACAUCUCUUUCGAGCUUGACCACGAUCUUUGCGGUGGCUGCAGUAUCGAUGCACACGGCACAUCUGUCACGGACGCCGUGCUUGCCAAGGCCAAGUCUGCUGAUGCCGUCCUCUUCGGAUCAGUUGGUGGUCCAAAAUGGGGUACUGUCUAUCCCAACCCGGAGUCUGGGUUGCUACGUCUCCGGCAAGCGAUUGACGCAUUCGCCAACUUGAGACCUUGCACAUUCUACAGCCAGAGCUUGAUCGACAGAAGUCCCUUGAAGCCCGAGAUCGCGAAGGGCACGAACUUCAUGCUCUUGCGGGAGAACUGUGGCGGUGCUUACUAUGGCCCGAAGAACGAGACCGAAGACAAGGCAUCGGAUACCUGGCUGUACACUCGACCAGAGAUCGAGCGGUGUUGCAGGGUAGCAGCUUCGCUGGCGAAGACAAUGGGGAAGGACGGCAAGGGAGGCGGCGGUCCAGCAACCGUGUGGAGCUCGGACAAAGCAAAUGUCCUUGCCAGUGGAAGGCUAUGGAGGCGAGUCACCACGGAAGUCUUCACGAAGGAGUUCCCAGAGAUCGAAUUGAAGCAUCAAUUGGCGGACAGUCUGAGCAUGCUGAUGUGCACAAGUCCGACUAAGUUCAACGGUGUCAUCCACACAGACAAUACAUUUGGCGAUAUGCUAUCGGAUCAGGCCGGUGGUGUGGUCGGCACGCUUGGCGUUCUACCGAGUGCCAGCUUGUGUGGUGUUCCAGGAGCUGGGCAGAGGUGCAACGGUAUCUACGAGCCUGUACAUGGGUCUGCACCUGAUAUUUCUGGCAAGGGAAUCGUCAAUCCCGUGGCUCAAAUCUUGAGUAUGGCGAUGAUGUUGCGAUACAGCUUUGCUAUGCACGAGGAAGCUCUGGCAGUAGAGGCUGCCGUGGAAAAAGUCUUAGAUGGGAAAGACAUUGGUGGUUUAGAGAUCCGAACCGGUGAUCUUGGUGGAAAAGCGACUACCAAAGAGGUUGGCGAUGCGGUCUGUCAGGUCUUGGAGCAGUUGCUGCAAGUUAAGAAGGCGUGA